UGAAAAUAAGAGAAAUUGCAAACUUGUGUGACUUGGUUUUGCGAAAUGCUCUGCUGCUGCUGGGCUGGAUGGAUUGAGCCAAAAUCCACACUUUGGAUGGGAGUAUGUGCAGAAAUUGGUUAUACUGCUCAUAUUCGUGCUCGAUAUUCAUAACACGCUCGACAUCACGGCAUCCGUAUCCAUCUCCAUUUAUUCGAUGAAUUUGCAUUGCAUUGGCGAAUGCAAGGCAAAAGAGCAAAAGUUGAGUGAAUGAUGGAAGAAGAAUUCUUCUGCACGGCAGGGCUUGCAAAAAGCACAAGUCAGAUCGAGACUAAUAUUAGUGAACAGGCAGGAAUUCGCCUGUUUUGAAAGGUUAUGGUGAAGUGAAGUGCUAUAUAUUGAAUGUAUAAAGUCAAAUGUAAAUGUCAUUUCCCACUUUUGACUUCAUCUCCCUCGCCAGAAAGUACUAUUUCCUGUCCUGUCCCACUCCCUGAUGUGUAAUAGGCUUGAAAUCAAAGUGUCGUGAUUUUAAAUGAGACCUGUCACACAGAGUAUAAUAAUAAACAAAGGGAAAGAAGACUAGUUAUUGGGUAUUAGUUGGGAACGUGAACUGAUACUUACUCAAUUGUGUUAAUUAAAUUAAAUAGCUGGAGGUGUGAAUGUGUGAGAGUGGUGAGUGGGAGUUGGUCUAUUUCUGGAGAGUGAAGUAGGAGGUUAAAGAUAGACGACAUGUAUAUAGUAGCAAAUAAUGAUGACUCGGACAAAUUGUAAUCAAGAAACCCAGAAAAGAAAUUGAUGAGAAGAGAGUAUAAAGAAAAUACAUUUAUUUCCUAACUUGUGACUGAUUUUCGACACGCACCUGCCUCAGCUGGGAUAUCGUUGGAUUGAUUUUAUGUAACGCACAACAAGUGAGUUUCUGGUUCGGUCUGUUGCUGAGAAGUUCUCCUAUCCUACGCCACUCUUACUUUCCAUAAUUUGCGUGUUACCGAAGAAAUUUUCUUGGAAAACUAAGACUAUAUUACCAAACUGAUUAAACCCUCUCUGCUGCUGUAACGGGUAUUGGAAUGGACAUGGUUCAUGGUUCCAAGACCAAGAAGAAAAUCGUACAUAGUAGGGUCUCCCAAGUUUCUGUGAGAACUUUGACUAAUCCACCUACUACUAAAUCAGCGUCAAAUGCUUAUUGUUCAGUGUGUCGAGAUAUUGGAACUUGCUCGUUUUGUGUACAAAAAAAUAAUACGAUGGAGUUAACCAACAUCGAAUUCAGUCCGUCUAAUAAGAAAGAACCAGAAUUGAGGGAAAUUAAAGUAGAAUCUCCCAACUCCCCCGUCGUAGGGGGAGAUAACAAUGGAUUCCCUCCCGAUGUACUAUCUUCUACUCCCAUGGCUGGCAAAAGCGUAGUUAUCGACGUUGAAAAUGGUACCACCAAGAAGAAGGAAGCAAUAAAAAAGGAUGCCGAUCGAAAAUGGCGAUAUUUUCCUGGAAAGAAUAGAUUUUUUUGUAACGGGAGAUUAAUUGCGGCACCAAAUAUUAGUUUUUGUCUGUGCUGUUUUCUCCUGAUUGUAGUCACGUUCACUCUUUUCAUCAUAUUUGAUGGGCCGUAUCUGGCGGACAGAUGGUCACUUGCUGUGCCAAUAUUGGGAAUCUUCAUGUUCCUUACUGUAAUUGUCAGCAUGUUGAAAACAACAUUUAGUGAUCCUGGUAUAAUUCCUCGGGCGUCGCAACAAGAAGCGGAAUACAUGGAACGAUGUUACGCCACAAAUAAUGUUGGACGGCCACCACCUCGAACCAAAGAUGUUAUCGUCAAUGGUCAAACACUUAAAGUCAAGUAUUGUUUUACUUGCAAAAUGUUUCGUCCUCCAAGAGCCUCACACUGUGGCGUAUGUGAUAAUUGUGUAGAUCGUUUCGACCACCAUUGUCCCUUCCUGGGCAACUGCAUCGGGAAAAGAAAUUAUAGGCAUUUCUACGCAUUCGUUCUUUCGCUUAGUUUUCUUUGUGUGUUCGUGCUCUCGUGUGCUACGGCUCAUCUUGUACUGGUUUCAAAAGAAAGGGGAAAUUUUCUAGACGCUCUGAAGGAGUCUCCAACUAGUGCCAUUGUGGUUGUCAUAAGCUUCUUUGGCAUGUGGACUGUUUUGGGUCUAGCCGGAUUUCAUACAUACCUAAUAUCUGUCGAACAGACUACAAAUGAGGAUAUAAAAGGCCUAUUUGGAAGGUCGGCCAUUAAAAAUCCAUUUUCUCGAGGAAAUAUUUUCCUAAAUUGUUCUUUCGUCCUUUGUGGACCUUUACAACCCAGUUUGAUAGACCCACGAGGCAAAGUUACCGACGAUUUCUUGUUAUCACUUCCGAGAAAAAAUGAUGCGACAGGAGUUCCUACGUCGUCAAUCUGCAACCGUAGCAGUUUACAUAUUCAAACAUCUAUGAAAACUGGACCACAGUGUGUGGAAGCUUCUAAUCGUUCUGGGGUCGCAAAAAGUCAAAACCAACAACAACAACAACCUACUACUUUUACUUCAGCAACAACAUCACAGCCGCAAAUGCACGCCCAAUUAAAUCAUCAAAUUUCGACAUCAGGAGCCCCGCCACCCAUAGCAAAGCAAGUCGCUGACGGGAUUACGUUAACCAGUCACUCGCCCGACAGUGGGAGUGGUCUUUUGUACACGAGUAACAGCUCAAAUAGGUCUCUCAGCAAUAUGAAUUCUGGUUCUAUGAGAAACUUGUACAACUCGAUUGAAGAAGAUCCUGCCACAACAAGUGCAGAUUCUGGUUCAGAGUCAAAUCUAAGUCAAGAAAAUCAUAAUACCAGAGUUGACUCCAAUCCUUCGAACCUACUACCUUCGUAUCAAGCAACACCAAAUGAUGAUUAUUUUGACGACCCCACUAUCUUAAACUCUUCUCAACAAUCAUUCUCCUCCUCGUCAACAAACCAGCCAUUCCGUUACGGUUACGGGUUCAUUAGUGCGGAUGCAUCAGGCCUAGAUAUCGAUGAUCCCAUCUCUGCUCAAGGAUUACGUAGAAUAGAUUUGAGCACACGUUCUAAACGUUCCCGACUAGGACAUGAUAAAAAUAAUGGGCAAAGAGACGAUUCCGCUAUUUCUCUGCCAUCAAUCUCCAACUUGUCUGGAAAUAGAAAAAAUAAAUCCUCGUCUUCUUCUGUCCACUCCCUCAAAUCACAACACCAAUUGUCAAAAGAUAUCCUAGCUCGCAAUCGUAUUGGCAGUAGUAGUGCGAACACGAGUGUUAAUGGUAAAAUUCCUACCAACAACAACAGCUCCUCCUCUUCCUCCAAGAAAUUUCAAAAUCAACCGUCAACAUCAGCUUCUAUUAAUAAUAAUCGUGUAGGUGGGUUAACAUCUUCUAAUAAGAAUCAAAAUGGACCGUCAACCUCCUCUGAUAACGGCUUUAAUGGUAACAAGUCUAGAAUUAGCAGCAGAAAACUAUCAAAGUCUACAAUGAUUGACUCACCUCUUCAUCUGGAUCCAAUUACCUAAAAAAAUACAUAAAAGAAGACGAGAGAUAUUAUGAUUGAGAACUCACCGAAUCAUGAGAAUUCAUUCCGAUCGCAUAAUUUUUGUAUUAUUUAUUUUUAUAAUGCGUACAUAAUAUAAGACAAACUGGAAGCAAAAUUUUUGUGUAUAGGAAAUAAUUUGCUCAUACAUAUUCGCAUUUUUGAAGAUUUCUCCAUUUCAACGUUUAUCACCUAAUGCAACAUUGUGUUCAAACAAAUUGGUGUGUUUUCUUUUAUCAGCAAAUUAUAUAGCAUGUAAUAACGUAACGUAUGUACAAUUAUCUCCACUACUACUGACAAUCUUUUAAACAUUUCAAACUGAAAUUAUAUACUACAUUUGGAGAUUGUUGUUUUUCAUAAUAUUCGCCUCUAUCUAUCUAUACUAUAUUUCUGUAAGUACUUUGUAGACGAGCAUUUGAGCAAUUAUGCAUAUGUGAGGUUUUUAAAUGCCAUUGACGUGUCUCAAAAGUAAUUGUUGCAAAGAAGUUCCUAUUUUUACGUAAUUUAUAUAUAUCACCGACCAAGUAACGUUGCUACAUAUUUUAGUAAUAAUAAAUAUAUCCAAGUGUCUCACUCGCUUAUGUCCGCAGCAGCAUGCAAUGUGCUUAUGUAAUGUAAGCUAAUAAGUAACUAGUUAUAUAUAUAUAUAAACAUAAUAAUACUUUAUGAAAGACUGUGUUCCGUAAGUAAACUGCACUUUUGACGUACUACUCUCAAAGUGCCGUUUUUGUCACUAAAUGCAAAAAGCCAAUCGAAAAUUACUAUUGUGACCUCGUUUCCGUUCCAAAGAAUAUUUACAAUUACAAUGAAAGAUUAAUUACCAUUUUGUUGCUGGAGUGAGUCUGGCUGGACUAUAAGAGAAAUGACUAUGAUUAUUUAGUAAUGUCACGAAAACUUUUGAAAAUUCUUCCAAAAUUGUAUGAAAAUUGUAAUCGUUUAUUUUUGUGACUCGAAUGAUGUAAAUGUUUAAGCCAAACACUCAUAAUUAUUAAUUAGAUAAUUAUGGGUAGUAUGAAGAUAUUGUGAAAUUAUCGGACUAAAACAGCGGAGGAACGAAAGAUAUUCGCCGUGAACUAUUAUUUUACUAACUAGAAAGAAACGCCACGUGGACCGCUCCGGUGUCGGUCAUUGCCAGACAGCCAAUUAAUCAAGCAUGCCAAUAAUGUUACUGGCACUUAUAAAAUAUCGUAAAAUUCAAUUGUGAUGUCGAUGAUGUAACUUUAUUUUGUAAAUUCAGGAUUAAUAAUUUUCAUUAUUAUUACGCCGCAUGUUGACGUACUCGCUAGUUUUAUUUGCCUAAAAAUAAUGGGUUAAAAUAAAAUAUUGCAAAAUAUAUAAGUGA